AUGGGGCGAGGACGGGCCGGGGGCGGCCGCUGCCCGAGCGUAGCAGCUGCUGGAGGGAGGGGGCGAGGGGUACCCGGAGAGGAGCAGGAGAAGGAGGUGCGGGGCAGCGGGGCGCGGCUGGGACCCGGAGAGCCGCUGAGUGCGCGCUCCUGGCUGGCUCUGGGAAGUACGGGCUCCAAGCAGCUCCCCUUCUCUCGCCUGCCUCCCUCUCUCCCUCCCUCCCCUCUCUCCCCUCCUCCUCCUCUCUCCGCCCUCCCUGGACGUGGGCUGCCGGCUGGAGCCGGGAGGAACGGGACGCGGGACGGCAAGCCCCCCGCGGGAGGAGGGGCUGCGCCGAGGGCGGCUGCCCUGCGGCCGGAUGGCGCGCGCCUGGGAGGGGCGGCGGGGGGAAGCGGCGGACCCCAGCCCCCGACGCCGCGUCGGCAGCUUAAAAUGACAGGACGCGAGAACUCGAGUGACAUCCGGGGGCAGCCCGCUCCGGGCCGGCGUUUUCAGGGCGCAGCUUCAAACCCACCUCCGACGCCGGGCCCUCGGAAACCUCUCCAGCGUCUCCGAACCCGCCACCCCUGUUCAGACCCCUCUACAGCCCUUUUCAGACUGUCCUAGAAUUAUUUGUUUACCUGGCUGCUUCUCUUUACUCUUUUGGGAGAUCCUUUUUGGAAGACGAGACCGGGCCCUGUUUAUCUUUUGAAUCCCAUGGCUAUUUGAGUACGCUAUCUGGUAUACAGUAGGCGCUCAAUAAAUACUUGUUGGCUGAGGGAAUAUUUCUCACUGCCAGACGAACUGGAGGCCAAGACAGAUGAUAUUCAGAGGGUCAAAGCCGCUGAAAGAAGGGAGACUCAGCGUUCUGGGACGUCAGCGCACUAUGCUUGUUUACGCACCAACCUCGGAAGGAAGAACUGCCUGUUUCUGUUUCCUCCUCUGAAAUGGAAGUAGUUCUAUUUAUCUACCAGGAGUUUGCUAUUAGAGGAAAUUAUAGGUUGAUAGAUAAAACUAUAGCACCUGGCACCCAUUCGGACCCAGUUAAGUCUACCAUACCUGGGAGCUGACAUGAUUAAUUUCCACUUUCCCUGAGCCAAAGAGAACUUUUACAAUAUUGUAUCAUUUAAGCUUUCAAACUUAGUGACUGCUACAAACACAUAAUUUAAAACUCCAAACAUCGGUAGAUUUCUCCCUCACUUCUCACUCCCAGGAAUUCUCUCUCACAGCACGCUGUUCCCUUCCAGCACGGCGACAAUCACAACUUCUAAUUAUUAUUUGUUUGCUUCACUGUUUGUCUCCGCCCCCAA